UGGGGGAGAGAAGGAGGAGGAGGAGGUCUGGCCGGGUUAAAGACGAUAGCGGUGAGAAUCGCCGGCGGUGGUGGUGGAGGAGGUGGAGGAGGAGGAGGGGGAGGAGGGGGGAGGAGGAGGAAGAAGAUCAGGAGAUCGGCGAAGAAGAAGGUGAGGAAAGCGGGGGACAAGUUGAUGGAGUGGUGGCGCAAGAUGGUCUUCCCCGUCCGACGUGUUUGGUUCUCCGUCUCCGCUCGCCUCAAAGCUCGCAACCACGGUGCAGGACAUAUGAAGCUAGAGGAUGAUGUACAGACCUGCGAAUACCAAGACGUGCAGGUGAUGUGGGAGAUGCUGAAGAGGUCGGAAACGGAGCUGAUGGCCAACCAUCCCAAGCGCAAGGUGCACCGGCCUUUCUGGAGGGUUCUUGUGUGGUCGAACCACAGUGCGCCUGCAUCCCUAGCCGCCGACCAUGCUUGAUAAGAGAACUCCAAAUGGGUGUGCCUAGCUGGGAUUCAGUGACUCCCUAGUAAUACUAUCCUCCAACUAUAAGGAAAAAAACAAAAAAAAGAUCCGCACCAUAAAAUUGGGUGACCAUUGCAGUAGCAUGGUAUAGAGAGCUAUUGCAACUGUGUUGAGAACGAGAACUGAGUGAACUACAGACGAUGCUAUCGAAUACAUGUCCUUUACUGUUGUGUAAAAAUAGUGACGCCAAACGACGAAAAGUCAUGUAAAUACGUUUUGCUUUCGUCACAUACCCAUCGUAGAAGAUGCAAACUUCCCACCUUAAA